AUGCCGACUCUGCCAACAUACCAGCUGUCGGAGACCUCUUACCAGCCCACAUCGAUUCCACAAGCUGUGUCGGAUCCCAGCAGCACUGUUCAUAGACCUCAGCCGCUUCCUCCUAGCACUGUACACCAAGGCACCAUUCCUUCGAACCCGGACAGCAGCUCUGCCUACUGCCUCCCCAGCACCAGGCAUGGAUUUUCCAGUUAUACAGACAGCUUUGUGCCUCCGUCAGGGCCUUCCAACCCCAUGAAUCCCACCAUUGGCAAUGGUCUUUCACCUCAGGUAAUGGGACUUCUGACCAACCAUGGUGGAGUACCUCAUCAGCCUCAAACAGAUUAUGCGCUCUCUCCUCUCACCGGGGGCCUGGAACCAACCACCACUGUGUCAGCCAGCUGCAGCCAGAGGCUAGACCACAUGAAGAGCUUGGACAGUCUGCCAACAUCUCAGUCCUAUUGUCCACCCACUUAUAGCACCACAGGCUACAGCAUGGACCCUGUCACAGGCUACCAAUAUGGGCAGUAUGGACAAAGUGCCUUUCAUUAUCUCAAGCCAGAUAUUGCGUAAGUGAACUGUCCACUUGGAGUGAAAACCGGCCCUGUUUCUGGUCUCUACAGCUUAGACAUGAAGAAUCUUCACAGAAAAAAAACAAAAACAAAAA